CCGGUCGUGUACAAGAACAUGGCUGCGCCCUUGCGAAUGUCAUGUUGCUGACUGUUUGUAUGUAGUUGCGUUUGUUUGAGCGCCACCACAAACACUUUAAGGUUACAGAUAAUAAUUUUAAAGACGUGUCUAUAUGCAGUUACCGGCUUUAUAAAGAUACUUUAUUAAUCAUGGUCCACCUGUCGUCUUUACUUCUUAAAAAAUACCACGGUGGGCAUGUGGUCAUUCGAUUGGCGCUAGGGGGCGCCACUAACAGACCCUUCUAUCGCAUCGUGGCCGCCUAUAAUAAACGGGCGAGAGAUGGUAAAUAUAUCGAGCAGCUGGGAUCAUACGACCCUCUCCCUAACAUUUACAAUGAAAAACUUGUCGCCUUUAACUACGACAGAAUCAAGCACUGGAUUGGCUGCGGGGCCCAUCCCACCAAUCCGGUGGCCAAACUUCUAGGAUUGGCUGGUUUCUUCCCGCUUCAUCCAAUGACCGUAACAGAAGCGGAACGGAGACGGAAAGCAGCUUCUACACAAAAAAACAAGACAGACAUUGAAGACACAGAAGAAAAGCAGACAGAGUAACUGAACCCAAAUGAACCAAAAGCUAAAGCGUACAUGAAAAACAGUUUCUCUGUAUAUCAGUAGUGAUAACGUCACGGUGUAACAGAUACAUUUCUAGAGAUUCUGUUUCAGUGAUGCGUGUUUUUUUUGUACUAUUAUUUUUGUCAAUAAGCUUCAGAACAUAUUAAAACUUCAUUCAAAUUUUGGAUGAGAGAUAAUUCUUAUUGUCAUAUAUAGUUAUAAACUCAUUUUUCCUUUCUGAAUUCCUUGUAAUCCAAAUGGAUUGUUCGCUUGAAGUGAUUUUUGCAAUCAUUAAUCUGUUACACACUUUGUCUGGAACUGUUUUUUUAUCCAGUGAUGGACUCAAAAAAGAAAUUAAUAAAUGAUCUGGCUUUAGGAACUGGGUCAACUGAAAGUUGAAAUGUACUUCCUUGGUUUGAUAUCAGGUCAACUGAUAAGUCUCUAUGUUUACACACAAUUGUGUAAUUGCUUUAUAGCUAGAAACUCACUGAAGUAUCUACACGAGUACACCCAUGUUCUGAUAUAAAAGUAACUAUUUAAUAUUUGUCAGAGGGCUCAUAUUACUGGAUUUAUCAUUUUGUGGUCAGAAUAUAAAAUACAUGGGUAAUAAACAAGUAAUGUAAAAGAAGAUUUAUCUGAUGUAGUCAAUAAAAGAAGCCCACUUUGAUUCCAAUUCAAUAUUGAAAGUGCAGUUUAUUCCACCAUCAUGAUGAGGCAUAUCCUGUCAAUGUUAUUUAUCCAAAAUAACGUUCUUAUGAUUGAUAGAUAUGUUCAUGUUGGAAUAAUUGCACAAAACUAAUACAUGAAAAAGAAUAAUCUCGAAUGUGGCACCGUAGAAAAAGAUGAUUUUUAAUAUACAAGUAGUGAAUCAAAUGGGUGAGGCCUUUCAUUGAUCAUAACUUGGAAAGAUACACAAUGGAGUUUUGCUUAUUGUGCAUUUUAUAAUAGCCUUUUACGAGGAAUGGAAAAGUUUAAUUAAAUUUACUCAUGGUGUGCUUUUUUAUUUCAGGACCAGGGUGUAACUAUACAUUCAUACUUUAUUAUAAAAUAGAGAAUUUUUAAAUGAGUUUACUUUUAAGUAUAUAGGAUGACAGACACAGUCACU